CGCCCCGUCCUCAGUAGCCGCGGGUGCUCGGCGGCGGCGGGUGCCGGGGCCGGGGUCGGCGGGGCAGGACAGGGCAGGACAGGACAGGACAGGGCAGGGGGUCUCUCACAGCCUGGAGGUGGCCGCUUCCCCUCCCCUGGGCUCCAUCGGAGCCAGAUUCGUCACCGCUGGGAGCAGAUUUAUCUCGGAAUCGCAAGAGAGCUGUGCCAAGGUAUUUAACUUUCAGGCUCGGGAGAGAGGGAACUCCUUUGGAUCAGCCACAGCAAGGCAGAGCCUCCCGCGGUCACGCCUGAAAGCAGGACCAGAGGAUGGCUAAGGAGCUUUAGCGACUGGGAGCCUUCCCCUCCAGAUCCUCGGCUUCUCCCAGGAAAACACCGGACUUCCAAGCGCUUGAUGCACACAAACGAAAAAAAUAGACAAAAUGGAGCACAUGUUACUGCUCUUCAUAUUUUUCUUGCCUACAUUGGGUCUUGUUAAUGGAACAGAAACUGAACAAGAUUUUACUUGGCACUUAAAGAAGAUUCCCCAAAUUGUGAGUGAAAGAACUUUCUCCCUUGACAGCCCUAAAUUCGAAGCAAAACCCAACUUAGAGCUGAACAGCGUAUGUGGAAUUGAGUGUCAAAGAAAAUUGCCAGUGCCCAGCUUGUCUGACUUGAAGGACCUCUUAUCCUAUGAGACUGUUUUCGAGAAUGGCACACGGACCCUGACUGAAGUGAAUGUCCUUGGACUAACACCUGGUUCAGCUGGAAACACAACUACACAUAAGUCAUUGAGGAAGAAAAGGCAGAUAUAUGGAACAGACAGUAGGUUCAGCAUCUAUGACAAACGCUUUAUGACCAACUUUCCCUUCAACACAGCUGUGAAGGUCUCCACUGGCUGUAGUGGCAUUCUCAUUUCCCCCAAGCACGUGCUAACAGCUGCCCACUGCCUGCAUAACGGCAAGGAUUAUGUUAAAGGCAGCAAAAGACUGAGGGUGGGCCUGAUGAAAACAAAGUCCAGAGGUGAUGGCAGGAGACGCAAAGGAGCUAAGAGAAGUAGGAGAGAAGCUUCUGAGGCCCAAGAGGAUCCUAAAGUUGACACAGGACUGAGGCGGCGAUCCAAAGGUGGUGGGAGAAAGCAGAGGAGAUCUGGGAGGAAGCAGGAGACCUCGGAUGGCAUGCCCUCCUUCCAGUGGACCAGAGUGAAGAGUACCCACAUCCCAAAAGGCUGGUUUAAGGGUGUCUCUGGGGAUAUUGCCCUGGAUUACGAUUAUGCUGUUCUUGAGCUCAAGCGUCCCCACAAAAGGAAAUACAUGGAACUAGGAAUCAGCCCAACCAUCAAAAUGAUGCCUGGGAGCAUGAUCCACUUCUCAGGUUUUGACAACGACCGAUCUGGGCAGCUGGUCUACAGAUUUUGUAGCAUUUCUGAUGAGUCCAAUGAUCUCUUUUAUCAGUAUUGUGAUGCUGAGCCCGGCUCCACUGGAUCUGGUAUCUAUCUCCGUCUUAAGGAGCCAAACAAAAAGAAGUGGAAACGCAAGAUCAUUGCUGUUUAUUCGGGCCAUCAGUGGGUGGAUGUCAAUGGGGAACAGCAGGAUUAUAAUGUAGCAGUAAGAAUUACUCCUCUUAAAUAUGCCCAGAUUUGUUUCUGGAUACAUGGGAAUGACGAGAAUUGCACACAAGGCUGAAGAGAGCUGAAACUAACUUGCCUAGCACCCAAAUUAUAAUAGAGUGAAAAUCUUCUGCCAGCAGUUACCGAAAGAACAUCACUCUACGUCAGGAUGCUUUUGAACUCAAAGCUUGCAAGUAAUGUUACGGUGACUUGAGUAAUGCUGAAUGGUUGGGGAGCGGGUAGAGUUGUCAAACAAAAUAUUUUUAAUUGUAAUCAACCCUAGAUCUGCACUUAAAAGCCCAAACUAUAUUUAUAUCCGCAAUUGUGAUAAAUUCAAAUCGUUCAUGUCAGAAAAAAAAAAUGACUACGCUUGUAUGUCAUUUUUUUUCCCCAAGGGAAGGAUUGAAGCUUCUCAAACUGGUAUCCAACAAUAUAUGUUUUUUCAAUGGAUUUUCUUUUCUCAGGGUUCAGUUCCAAUUCUUCAAAUUCAAGUUUUGUGUACAUCACUUUACUGUCUGUGCAGAAUAAUCCAGAGUACUGCAUGAGACCAAAAAAUUAUUCUGGCAUUUUCUGAAGACCACAGCUCCAUGCUGAAAAACAGCAAUCUAGUUUGUGCUUGUUAUUUUGGAAAGUUUCCUAAUCUGGUUGCUGGAGGAACACUCCCAUGGAAACCCCAAAUUUUUGUAGCUGAUGACUAGACCUAAAGGGCAAGUUUUCACUUCAUUGCUCAGUAGAAACAACAAAGAGAAAUUAAAGAACAGAGAAGUUUCCAUGUUUGGGAGAAGAAGAAACAUCUGAGCAUAACUUAAUGCCUUCUUUGAGAAGCAAUACAAGUCUUAAAUAUAUGCAUUUGUUUUCUAAUUAGUAUUUGGAAAACUGUAGCUUUAGCUUCUUUUCAAACGUUUAUCUUUCCCAUUAGGCAAGGUCACUGACUUCAGAAGUGGCUGUUUGACAAUCAUUUGGAGCUUCACUUCAAAGCCACAGAUGAGAGUUUUGUUGGGUGCUAACCAUUUUUGCAGGUUCUUAAAAUUAGUUUAUAAGAAUUCAGCUGCAUAGAUAGGAUACUCUGGGUAUUAGACUCGGAGUUGGAAAGCAAUAUUUUGGCAUGUCUAUAUGGUUUUACAAAGUUUUAAUCAUGUCAUAUUCAGGCUCCACCUCAACAUGAGUCACAGGGUUAAACUAAAAAAUUCUCCCAACCACAUUAUACCACCUUCUGAAUGGUGGAAGAACUACCCUGUAGAUGAUAACAGGUAUCUUGCUCAGUAGCAGCAGUAGGUAUCAAAAACUUUGGUUCAAUAUAAUUGCUGAACCACAGAGUUAAUGAAACAAGAGAGCUUGACUUUGACGCGUGAAUUGCCUUUUUAAAAAAUUGGAUGCUGUUGAUUGCCACACAAGUCUUAAUCUUGUAUUUUGUAUCAAGAUUUUGAAGCGCACAGGAUUGUUAUGGUGCUAUGUUAAUCUAAUAUAAAAUAAUAUUUCAAAUCACAUCCACUCUAUUUCAGAUCACAUCCAUUGGGUUUCGUUACUUUUAUAAUUAUUCACCAUUGCAAUACUUAAUUUUUUGAUGAUUAGGUUUAUACUGACCAAAAUUAAUUUUCUUCCUAUGCAGAAGAAAAAAAAAAAAAGAACAAGAUUUUAAAUUUGAUUUGUUUCUUGGUAUAUUUGAAAUUUGCUCGUAACAUUUUUCAAUGAAAUAUGAUCAUUGUUAGUAACCCACUUUUUUGUAGAUGAUUGAAAAUAUAAACCUGACACUUUGAAUGUGCAGGCAACUUUCUUUCAUAUAUUAUUACCAAAGGAUCAAAAUUGAACAGUUGUUUCCAUACCAUAACUCUAGCAAUAUUUCAUUGAUUGGAAGAGAUCUCACUUUAAAAGAAAUUAUUUCUUUCAAUUUUAGCCUUUCCAGGCAACAUUUAACUUUUUUUUUUUUUUUAAACUUGUAUGAUUGUUUGCAGAAAACUAAUAUUUUUUAAAGUUUAGAAAUUAAUGUCUAAGGUUUUAAAGUUAAUUAUAUUUUUUGUUGUUGUUAACAUCUCUAUGAAGACAUACAGCUUCACUGACUAAUUUUAAAUCACCUCAGUCGAAUAUUUAAUGUUCUUGCUCUAUGCAGCAGGCCUACAAUAUUCCUUAGGUGGCUCUAUAAUGUGUUUCUUACGUGCCUUUUUCCAUAGUUACUGAAACAAAUAAGGUACCAUAUGGUUAAUCAAUAUAAGUCAGCAUAGCUCCUUGGAUUUUGUUACAGUUUUUUCCUCAACAUCAAUUCGGGUCCAAAACAGAUCAAGAUAAAGUAGCUUAGUAAAUCCAUUGUUUGGGGAGUCUUCUUUAGGUGUGCUCGUUAGGAGAGGAAAUACCAUGACUUCUUUAUUAGUUUGGGAAUCAGGGACAAGGUAGGAACGAAAAAUGUUGAUGUCAGCUUUCAAAUGGUCUUGUUCUAAUAAUCAUCUGCUUUAAAUACCUCAGCCACAACCUGAAAUUCUCAUACUAGGCUGGUAAGAAAUGUUUAUCCUCAGAGGAUGUCCAGUGCCUUAUUUUAUGGUACUAAGAGAUUGAAGAGGCUGGGCAGCGCAACAUAAGAAUUAAUCACAACUAUAUAUAUACAUAUUCAAGUCUCUGUGUCUGAGUGCACAUGCAGAGACACAUACAAGCAUGGCCUUGGAAAGCACCCACUCUUUUGUCUGGGCCAGCACCUUCAGGCAAGUGGAAGACAUGAGUGGCCAAAAUGUUCAUGCCUGUCAUAUCCUAAUGCCAGACAACAUUUCAAUCUGCUGCUUAGCCUAAUAAAGAAGGAAAUGCUUUCUGUAGGUGUUGUUACUGCUUACUACAAGAACUUCCUAAGUAGUUCAUAAAUCAGGUAUUUAAGUACUGGUGCGUGCAGCCCCAGAGGCCUGCAUUAGGCUAUUGGUACCAGCCACUGCAAGUAGGACAAGAACUUUUGAGCUGUCAAAAUCUCAGAUUGCCUUCAAAGAACUGCAGUUGGUAUCUUGUUAUCUAUGAGAAAAUACAGGAGGGGGUGUUCCUAGUAAGGAGUAUAGUGCACAGGCAUCAGGGCUGGGUUCCCAGCAUACAAGUGGACACAUCCCUUGCAAUGUUUCUGCAAAUAAUUUUCCCCUUUUUCAAGUACUGGAGUAGGCAUUGUUUGUUUUCCUCAGUACUAAUGCUUUUCCAUAGGAGUUGAGCUUUUCCUUUAACCGCUUUUCUGGCAUAGGGGGGAAAAAAAAAAAAGAAAAAAAAAAAAAAAAAAAAAAAAAGCUCAGACAAAUCCCUUUUCUGCUAAGGAGCUACUGGCAAUUUGUAAGCUUUCCCCAGGCCAAGGAUACGCCUCACAUACAAACCAUUAACACACCCAGACCAGCUUCUGCAAGACACUUGUGCAUGUGUUUAGUUUUGGGCUCUGAGAAGUAUAAUGGAAGCCAAGCAGGUUCUCUGGGAUGUGAAAAAUUAAGUCUAUGUUAUCUUACAAAAGAAAGACACAAUGUUAGGUAACAAAAUUUAUUUCUGUUAUGUGAGAUAUGUGGUACCCAAUGCUUUCAAAAUUGCUUAAAGCUUCUCCUUGACUCACUUCAUAACUUACCCAUACAAAUUCUACAGAUUUAUGAGUCUGUAUAGAGUAUGAAUCAACCCAGAAUAUGGCCAAGUAGGAAAAUAAUUCAUCUAAAAGUGGAGGAAAGAAGCAGCUGGGGUCUUCCUCCUACUCUGCUGAUAAGGAAUCAGCUUGCUGCAAGCAGCAAUUACUACAGAAAGAGACAGCAAAAGAAGUUGAUGUUACAGAAGACCAGGAAGAAGGAGGUGGUGUAUGAAGGAUAAAGAAAGUGAAAAGUAAAUGGCCGUGAGGUAGCAGAAGGACCUACUGUAAGAAAGAGUUGGCAGGUGGGAAAGGCACAACAGUAUAAGUUAAGAUGUAAAAGUCAUAAGUUGCACGAACAUCUCCUCUCACUGUUAAGCAUGGGGCUCUUCUUCCCAGCUAAGAGCACCAAGGAAAGGGCUGUGAGAGGGAGGGUUCAGGUUCUGGCAGGGACCAUUGACAGGCAGCUGUUGUGGACCCUGACCUACAGUCCUUGCCCAAAGUCGCAGGGAUUUUGCUUGUGCUCGGUACGUCAGGGUCCUUGGGAAGCAACAGAGCCAAAAGGGUCAGCGGCGCAAACCUCCUGGCACACCGCGUCACCGAGAGGGUGGUAAGUGACGCCAAUUUCUUCCAUGUGAACAUUUCCAAACCUGACAAUUUGGUGGGAUUUCUGCCAAGGCUGUUCCCUGUUGGAAAAAGGAAAAAAAAAAUCCCAAACUUGAAGUGUUUAAGCAUUGGUUUUGCAUUUUGCAUGUAUCUACAAAGCCUAGCCAAUAUUUUUUUAAAUACCUUUAAUAUGUUUGGUAGCUUUGUAGAAAUGUAGUCAAUUCUUUCUAGUUUUAAAGCACAGCAUAUUGCAGAUACUUCCAUCUAUAAUCUACUGGACUAAGGAAUAAAAUGAAAAAAAAUAUAUAUAUUAUUAGAUUGAAAGCUUAAAAUUGCACAAUAACCUCAAAGGAUUUGGAAGCACAUUUGAGUCCCUGGUUUUCAUUUUUAUUUGCACCAGCCUUUUGCUCCAAGUGUGAGGUAGUAUUUAGGUUAAAAACCUUAAGAGGUAGCUUUUAUGAUUCUUUAAUGUUCUUAGUUUUUUAAAGAGUGACAGCAAACUUCAAAAAAAAUGUGUUUUUAUAUUUUAAGCUGCACAAAAUUACAGCUCAUUUGGGAAAAUAAAUGCAAACCUUCACUAUAUUAAGAUGUUAUACAAUGCACAUGCUAUGUCAAUAAAUAUUUUCUAUUGUUUUUC